GAGAUCUCGUGUUUGAGAUCCUUCCGUCUUUUGCAUGGUUAAUUUCCCGUAGAAUGAAAAUUAAAAGAAAAAGUUUGGGAUUCACAGUGACCGAUCAAAACUCCUUGUUCCCUCUGACAGAACGGAGGCUAUGUCUUUAAGUGCAACUAAGUAUACAGUCCAUGAGGGAAAUGUUUCCGAUUAGUUAACGUAUCAAGAAUAAAACAAAACCAGUUGAAUUGAUCAAAUGACUUUACUUUUUUUUCAAAAAUCAGUUAUAACCAACUUUCAUGAAUCUCUUUAAGCGCCAUUGCAGUUCUCUUCCAUCUUUCAAUCUCAAAAACAAGGAAAUUAAAAUCAUAGGGUUCUGCAAAUCUGGUGCUCUCUUACAUGCGCUUGACAUUCUUAAUUCCAUAGACUCAAGAGAGAUUUCCAAUAAGCCUUUUAUCUAUGCUUCUCUCCUUCAAACUUGUACUAAAGUUGUAUCCUUUAACCAUGGCCUCCAAAUCCAUGCCCAUGUAGUAAAAUCUGGUCUUGAGACUGAUAGAUUUGUGGGUAAUAGCUUACUUGCACUUUAUUUUAAAUUGAGUACUGAUUUUUUUGAAACAAGAAGGGUUUUUGACGGGCUUUAUUUUAGAGAUGUAAUUUCUUGGACUUCAAUGAUUACUGGUUAUGUUAAAGGAGAAAAACCGAAGAAAGCCUUGGACUUGUUUUGGGAAAUGUUGGAUGUUGGUGUUGACCCAAAUGCUUUCACUUUAUCUGCUGUUAUAAAGGCGUGUACGGAUCUUGGGACCUUGAUGCUUGGAAAAUGCUUUCAUUGUGUUAUUAUGAUCCGUGGGUUUCAUUCCAACCAUGUUAUUGGCAGUGCUUUGAUUGAUUUGUACGGAAGGAAUUAUGAGUUGGAUGAUGCACGCAGAUUGUUCGAUGAAUUGCUCGAACCAGAUGCUAUUUGUUGGACUUCUGUUAUUUCUGCGUAUACUAGGAAUGAUAUGUAUGAUAAAGCUUUGGGAUUUUUUUAUUUGAUGCAAAGGAAACUUGGAUUAGCUCCAGAUGGGUUUACUUUUGGAACGGUAUUGACUGCUUGCGGUAAUUUAAGGAGAUUGAAGCAAGGUAAAGAAGUGCAUGCUAAGCUUAUUACAUCUGGAUUUAGUGGAAAUGUUGUUGUUGAAAGUAGCCUCGUUGAUAUGUAUGGCAAAUGCGGGUUGGUUGAUGAAUCCCAACGUGUUUUUGAUAGAAUGAGUGUAAAGAAUUCGGUUUCUUGGUCUGCAUUGCUUGGGGGGUUUUGUCAGAAUGGGGACUUUGAAUCUGUUAUUAGGAUUUUUAGGGAAAUGGGAGAGGCUGAUGAUCUCUAUAGUUUCGGAACUGUUCUUCGUGCCUGUGCAGGUUUGGCAGCAGUAAGGCAAGGGAAAGAGGUCCACUGCCAGUAUGUUCGAAGGGGUGGUUGGAGAGAUGUUAUCAUAGAAUCAGCUUUAGUCGAUCUUUAUGCAAAAUGUGGAUGUAUUGAUUUUGCACAUAGAAUUUUCACAAAGAUGACAGUUAGGAAUUUGAUAACUUGGAAUUCAAUGAUUUGUGGGUUUGCCCAGAAUGGAUGGGCGGAAGAAGCUCUUAGAAUUUUUGAUGAGAUGGUUAAGGAAGGGACUAAACCUGAUUACAUUACUUUUAUCGGUGUUCUUUUUGCUUGUAGUCAUACAGGUUUGAUUGAUGAAGGAAGAAAAUACUUUAUGGAAAUGACGAAUGAAUAUGCAAUUAAACCUGGAAUUGAGCAUUACAAUUGCAUGGUUGAUCUUCUAGGCCGAGCUGGUUUGCUAGAAGAAGCUGAACUACUGAUAGAGAAUGCAGAUUGCAGAGAGGAUUUGUCUCUUUGGGCAGUUCUGCUGGGUGCUUGUGCAACCUGCACAGACUAUGCUACUGCAGAGCGCAUCGCAAAGAAAACCAUGGAAUUGGAACCUGAUUACCACUUGAGUUAUGUGUAUCUUGCCAACAUCUAUAGAGCAAUAGGCAGAUGGGACGAUGCUGUUAAGAUCAGGAGAUUAAUGGAAAAGAGAGGGGUUAAAAAGAUGCCUGGCAAAAGUUGGAUUGAGGCUAACAGAAAUCCGCCUUCUUAUCUAAAUGCGGAUGCUUUUGAUAUGUCCGCAGACAGAGAACCUCUGGCGAAAGGGAUCUUGUGUUAUGAUGUUAGAGCAUAAUAUAGAUAAAUUACUGCAUACAACAUCAAUACCGACUUUUAUUGAGGCUGUGUUGGUCCUCAAAAUCAUUUGACACCCAGACUCAUUGAAGAAUAUUGUUUGUUUAACUCGAGCUACAAGGGAAUUAGUAGCCAUAAACACUAAAUUUUCUUGCAGCUGAAAUCUAUGACCCCAAUUUUCUUUCCUUGCUGAAGGAUAGGCUGCAACAACUCCUGUCUUCUUGCUUUAGCAGAAAAUGCUGACUUUUCCUA